GUGUUGGCCGGAGUGAAAAACAUUUGCCAAUUAAAAGAAAAUUUUGCACAAGUAGAGAAAGUAGCAAAAAAGUAGAAAUAGAAAAAUAGAGAAAUAGAGAAAAGUAAAUAAGCAAACAAGUGCAGUCCAGAUAUACAUAUAUACUUUUCCCCCGGAGAGGGAGAUGAUUAAUCCCCCCAAAACCUAGCAUAGAUACCUACAUUUUUUGGGUGGACAAAACAAACAAAAACACAACCGUGUGUGGAGAGUGCUCUGCUGGUGCUGGUGGAAAACUAAAAGGCACAGCGACUUUGACAACCAACAAGAAAGGAAGCAAGCAAGAACCAUGUCGACGUUACCCUUCCUCCUGAGCGUCGCCGAUGAGCUGGACAACAUCCAUUCGCAGUCGUACAUGGAUGACUUUGGCCUGGGCUUCCAUCCGCAUCGUCAGUACUAUCGCACCCCAACCAUUCAGCUGUCCCUGCCGGCCAGCACGGAUUGGACGGGUCGGUCGGAUUGGUCCCAGGCAACGGGCAGGCACACUCGCUAUCGUAGCUACAAGUUCUACGAUGAUUCCCAGAACAAUCUGGAGGAGGAGCAGGCGGAGGAGGAGCAGCAACAGCAGCACCAGCAACACCAGCAGCAGCAGCUGCCAGAGGAGCAAGUUCUACCGCAGGAGCUGCGUCAGCACCAGCAGGAAUCCCAACAGCAGAUGCAGAUAUCCGAGGUGCAGUCCUCGAAUGCCACCACUGCCACCACUCGCAAAGGCCUGGGCAUGGUCAAUUCCCACUCUCAUGAUGUGGGCGUGGGCGGUCUGGGUUUGAAUCUCAAAUCUGGAGAGGAGGAGGAUGACGAGAACAUUGAUCGUACCGUUCGAAUGUAUAAUUUGUCCAAGAAAUGCUGCAAGAAUUACUAUCGUCAUGCCCUGGAGACCGGACCGGGGGCCAGUGGCCGUGUCAAGUGCAGCAAUCUCCGCUCCGAGAGUCACAAGUCCAGCUCCAGCUCUGAGGAGAGCCUUCAGAAGAUACCCUCGCCCAUAGAGUUUCUCACCUGCUUCCUGGUGAAGAAGUCACGCACCCCGAAGAGCUCCUCUGGGGCGGGCCAGCAGCUGAAGAAGACAUAGAACACGGCCCGGCUGCUGCCGGCAGCAGCAUUGUCCGCCAGGACUUCCACUCUGAGCUCCACGGCCACCAGUGGGGCUGUGACCAGUGCCAGCCUGGACACGGAGACGGCGACAUCGAAGCGGCGCAGCAAUUGCUUCUGAAUGUUGGCCGGAGUCGGCGUUGUGUGUGGCCAGGCCUGGAGCUGGCUGCAGCGUUGCGGGGAGUUGCCCAGCUCGGAGCCCACAUCGCUGCCAGUCACGCGUCUUGGUCGUAUCGCCUACUAGGUCCACUUGUCCGACUCCGAAUCAUGUCCAGAGGUGGCAUAAAACCGAAAGGGGGGAAUACGCUUUUGGGUGUUAUGUUUUUUUGUGGCCACUUAUUGAGUUGGAUUAACCUUUCUGGGUUAUCCUUUGGCUUGAAAAUGAAAUAUAAAGGAUUUUACCAAAGGGAUUUUGUCAGCAUAGGGUUUUUGAUUUGCACUGGCAACACAAUUUAUGAGCUUUGUAAUCAAGUUCUUGAUGAGGUUUAUAUUCUAAAGAUUUUUUAGAGCUAGUAUUUCCUUUUUAAGAAGAUUAUUUUGGGAAUCAUGUUAUAAACAACU